AAAAUUUUUGCAAUGAAGUAAAUUUUAAGUGAAAAAUUAGAAAAAUCAAUUUUAAUUGUGGUAAAAUCGACCAAAAAGAUGUCAUUCAACUACAAUCCAAUGCAGAGUGCCAUGCCACCGAUGCAUCUCAUCGCGCCGACCACAAGCUCAUUCCUUCCAAAACUCCAAAACUCUCUCCUCACAGCCACACAAACCCACCAACAACAAUCACAACAUCAUCAUCAUCCUCACCAUCAUCAACAACAGCAACAGCAGCAACAACAAUCUCAAAAGAAUGAAUCUCUCUACUCGCAAGCUCAAGCCAUGGAUCUCGAGAAUCCAAAUGAUAAUUCAUCAAAUAAUUGUGAUCAUUCGGAUGGCGGUUGUGAGAAUGGAAGUGGAAACAAUUCAGAUCUUGUAUUUAAUGGAAUUAUUCCUCAGUCAUUCAUGAUGUUGCCUGGUGUCAUGAUGGAUCCAUCACUUCUUGGUCUCCAGCAGUUUCCAACAAUUUUAAACCUUCCACAGAAUUUAGGACAGCAACAGAAUCAAGAGAAUCAAAAGAAUGAAGGUAAUGGUCAAGUUAAGGAAGUCAUUCAUUGUCCAAGCUGCAGUUUAAUCCCACCGAAUCCAAAUGCACCACCACCAUCGACUAGAGAGCGUCCACCAGGCUGUCGGACUGUCUUUGUUGGUGGAUUGCCUGAAAAUAUCACAGAAGCAAUUAUUCAUGAGAUAUUUGAGCGUUGUGGCGAAAUCACGACAUUAAGGCUGUCCAAAAAGAACUUUUGUCACAUUCGAUUCGUGUUUGAGGCAUCUGUGGACAGUGCCAUAUACCUAAGUGGAUAUCGUGUCAAGAUUGGCAACAAUAAUGAUCCAACAAACACCGGUCGACUACAUGUUGACUAUGCACAGGCUAGAGAUGAUCAAUAUGAGUAUGAAUGUAAGCAACGGCAAUGUCAGCGUGAACAACGACAUCGUGAAAAGGACCGGAAUCGAUCAACAUCACCACCAGCUGUGCCACAUUAUACGGACCAUGAAGCCACGAAUGUUGCUGAAAAAAUAAAAAAUGAUGAAACUUUUUUGAAAGCUGUUCAGACGCUGGUUCUGUGGCUUGAGCGUGGCGAUUGCUCGAAGAAAAAUUCAAAUAUUUUUUAUUCGAUGAUCCAAAGUGCAAAUUCGCACAUUCGACGACUGCUCAAUGAGAAGACACAAUUUGAGGACGAGAUGAAUGAGGCUAGGAAUCAUUACAGGACACAAAUGACUAAAAUGAUUGAUCAAUUCAAUCAAAUUGAGAAAGUUUUUAAUGCGGCAAGUCAUAAGAAAGUCUGGGAUCAUUUCACGAAGCCACAGAGGAAGAACAUAGACCAGUGGUGCAAGCAGGCGUCGGACGUGAGGACAUUCCAAAUGGAUGAAAAUUUGGAUAAUAAUGAUGAAAUGGAUAUGAGUGAUGAUGACAGCUCAAGCAGAAGUGGUAAAAGGAUUAAGCUGGAUAAGGCAAGGAAGAAGGACGAUCGUUCAUCCCGCUCCCUAUCUCAUGACAUAAAAUACGAGACAGACAGCCUUAGCAGCCACAAAAUAGAUGUCGAGAUCAAAUCUAAACAAAUCAAAGUCCUUCAAGAGACAAUUCGCAAUUUACAGCGUAAAUUAAUGGAAACAAGUACCAAAGAGAAGCAAAAUGAGGCAAAAAUAGCAGAAUUAGAGAUAUUGAACCGUGAAUCGAAUGUCAAGGAACUCCUUUUACGGACAAAAAUUGCAAAUGCACGUUCAACUUCACAGUCGGUUGAUGAUUGCAGUGAGACGUCGUCGAUAAUCGAGAAAGCUCAAUCAAAUAUUGAAAUUUGUAGUCACAGUGAGGCACAGCUGGUGUCAUUGGCAACAGUUUUUCUAGUCAUACAUCCAAAUGGUGUAAAAAUUGAUGCCAUUUUAGGAUACAUAAGUGAAUUAAUCACUGGAAUUAGUGAAUCUGAAAUUCUUGACGUUUUAGUCAAAAAUGAGAAAAUUUUUCGUUAUUUUGAGGAUGAUGGGAAGUGGCAAUAUUGUGGAUUUAAAAGCUUGCCAUAAGUUUUUUUUGAGUGUUUUAAGUUGAAAUUUAUUGAUAUUUAGGUGAGGAUUUAGAUGGAUCUGGUCGGUAGGGAUCAAAAAUUUAACCUUUUUUUUGUUCAAAAAUUUAAAUUAUACCAAAGAAAAGAAAAAAAUAAUUUUAAGAGAAACUGAAAGAAUUUUAAAUGUUUAAAUAAAAUUACUUUUUUGGCAUUUUCGACUUUUUUUAAAUUUUUAACGGUUUUGAUUUUUUUGAUUUUUAACAUAUUUAAAAUUUCUUUAAUUUUGAAAUUUUUCUCAAAAAACAAUGAUAUUUUUGAAGUUUAAAAUUUUUU